UAGAGCAACGAAAGUAAGUAUCAUUCGGCUAGUGUGUGCACCACAAUGGCAGCAGCCAUGGACUCAAUCAGUUGUUCAAUAUGUCUGGAUCUACUGAAGGAUCCGGUGACUAUUCCCUGUGGACACAGCUACUGUAUGGGCUGUAUUAAGGACUGCUGGGAUCAGGAUUAUGUGAUGGGUUUUCUGAUCAGCUGCCCCCAGUGCAGACAGACCUUCAUCCCAAGGCCUGUUCUGAAGAAAAGCACCAUGCUAGCAGAAUUGGUGGAGAAUCUGAAGAAGACAGGACUCCAAGCUGGUACCCCUGCUCACCAUUAUGCUGGACCUGGAGAUGUUGCGUGUGAUGUCUGCACUGGGAGAAAACUCAAAGCGGUCAAGUCCUGUCUGGUGUGUCUGGCCUCUUACUGUGAGACUCACCUCCAGCCUCACUAUGAAUCUCCUACCUUUAAGAAGCACAAGCUGGUCAAAGCCUCCACACAACUAGAGGAGAAGAUCUGCUCUCAUCAUGACAAACUGGUGGAGAUUUACUGCCAUACUGAUCAGCAGUUUAUCUGUUAUCUGUGUACAAUGGAUAAACAUAAAGGCCAUGAUACAGUCUCAGCUGAAUCAGAAAGAACUGAGAGACAGAGCCAGGUGGGGGGAAAACAACAGAAAUCCAAACAGAGAAUCCAGGAUAAAGAGAAUGAGAUGCAAGAGGUGAGACAGGCUGUGUAUUUACUCAAGUGCUCUGCAGAGACAGCGGUGAAGAACAGUGAGAGGAUCUUUGCUGAACUGAUCCAGUCCAUUGAGAGAAGGCGCUCUGAGGUGAAAGAGCUGAUCAGAGCCCUGGAGAAGGCUGAAGUGAGUCGAGCUGAAGGACUGCUGAAGCAACUGGACCAGGAGAUGGCUGAGCUGAGGAGGAGAGAGGGCGAGUUGGAGAAGCUUUCAAACACAGAAGACAACAUUCAAUUCCUCCAGAGUUUCCAGUCUCUCUAUGUCCCUCUUGGAUCUAAGGCCUUACCCAGCAUCACUUUCAAUCAACACGUCUCCUUUGAGCAUAUAAGGAAAUCAGUCUCUGGGCUGAAAAGUCAAGUUGAAAAGAUCUGCUCUGGGGAAAUUGCGAACAUCUAUGUAAAAAUGACAAAAGUCCACAUUGUUCGACCUUCUGAGCCCCGUUGUCUUCCGUCAUUUGGCACAACUCUGUCUGGACUGUCAGUUGGAGGACUAGCAUCACAUUGGAAUGACACCACCUGUCAGAAGACGAGGCCUGAACCCAAGACCAGAGAGGAGUUCUUGGAAUAUUCCUGUCAGCUCACAUUGGAUCCCAACACAGCACAUAAAGAGCUGCGUCUGUCUGAGGGGAACAGAAAGGUGACAUGGAGUGAUAACGACCAGCUUUAUCCUGACCAUCCAGACAGAUUUACCACACGCCCCCAGGUGUUGUGUAGAGAGGGUCUGUCUGGAGCCUGCUACUGGGAGGUAGAGUGGACCGGGGUGGAGCACUUGACCAUAUGACCAGAGGAUAAUCAAGAGGAGAUCAAACUAGAGCCUGCAGGACUUGACCAUAUGAUCAGAGGAUAAUCAAGAGGAGAUCAAACUAGAGCCUGCAGUACUUGACCAUAUGACCAGAGGAUAAUCAAGAGGAGAUCAAACUAGAGCCUGCAGGACUUGACCAUAUGACCAGUGUCACGCCUUGGUCUUAGUAUUUUGUGUUUUCUUUCUUUAUUUGGUCAGGCCAGGGUGUGA